AUGUCUGAAAAUUAAAUUGAUUAUUUAUAAAGGCAAGUAAUCAGUUUAACAAAAGAAAAUCAUUUAUUAAAAGAGGAUAUUUUGGCAUUCCACCAUUUUUUAAAUAACAGAGUAAAGGAAUUGAAAACAUAUCUAAGAGAUGUUCCAAACAGAUAUCUAAAUAUGGAGUUGUGUGAUAUUACUUAAGCUUUAUUAUUUGUAAAAGAAGAUGCAGAAUUUUAUUAAAUGAAUAUGAAUACUCUUUAACACGAGAUUAAGCAGCUCAAAAACUAAAGUAUCGAGUUAAAAGAAUUAUUACUUGAGUAGAAGGAUAAAUUUUAACAGCAAAUAAACAAUGUUGAAAUUACCUUAGCAGAAUAAUAUUCUAAAGCUUUAAAGGAACUUUAAGAUAAUUUAGCACUGUCUAGUUAAAAUAGUGAAAUAUAUAGAAACUCAAUGAAUCUCCUAGCUCAAGAAAAAACAACAAAUGAAUUGUAAAUUAAAAGUCUAUAAAAUGAAAUCCAAAAAAUAAAGAAGUAACAUGAAAUUGAAAAAAAUGAGCUAUAGAUGAUUAUCUGCAGAGGAAAAUAAUAAUUAUCAGAAUUAGAAAAGGCAUUUACUAUUCGUAUACAUAAAGUACAAUAAUCAAAUUUUGAAGAAUACUAAACCAAACUAAAAAACUAAGCAAAAGAUAUCAAUGAAAAAGGUAUAAUUAUAAUAAUACAUAAUUAGAUCAAAUUCGAGCUGAAUUGGAAAAGAAGAUAUUAGCCUAUGAAAAAUUUAACUAAGAAUUGCAAUUAGAUUAUGAAAAUAUUCUGAAUCAAUAAACAGAAUAGCAAGAACUUAUUAAAAAAUAAUAAGCUGAAAAUUUAGCUUUGUCCUUAUUGAAUAAUCAGCUUCACGAUAAUUCAAAAUAAUUAGAAUAAAUUAUUUAAGAUUUAAAAUAAAAAAAUGUUUAAUUAAAUGAUGAAAUAGGAAUAAUUUAACAGGAACUGUUUUUAAAAACAAAAGAAAUCGAUUUAUAAAACGAAAUAUAAAAUUAAGUACUUUUAGAGUUGAGUGCAAUAGGUACAAUUUAAAUAGGGAUAAUGAAAUAAUCAUCAGUAAAAUCUUAGAUUUUUGAAUUAAUUAAAUUGAUAAAGUAGGAAAGCCAAGUUAGUUAAUAAGAUAGAAAGCAACUUAAUGAUCAAGUCUUAAAAUUGCAAGAUAAUAAACUUCAAUUGUAAGAAGAAUAAGCUUAAUUGAUUUUUUAAAAUGAAAUGUUUCAAUAAAAAAAUUCUUCCUUAUAAGAUUAAAUGAUUUCUUAAUAAGAGUUUGAAAUAAAAUAUAGAAAACUUAUAAAUGAAAUAGUUUACCUAGCUUAGACUGAUAAGAAAAUUAUAAAAUCUAUUCAGAAACAUAUUUCAAUCGAUUUUCAUAAGGAAUAUACUACUUUAAAUUAAAUAACCGAAAAUGAUUAAAAUAGACCUUUAUUUUUGUUAAUAACCCAAGAGGAAUCAUCUGAUAUAGAAUAAGAUUAGAAAUAAAAUAAAAAUUAUGAAAAUAAAUUUUAUUAAAUGGAUAGAUUAAAUACCUAAAUAGAUGAUAUUAAAAGCUUAAAACAAUUUGAUAUAUAAGAACCAGAAUAAAAUACUUAAGAAUAAAAUUAAUCAUUUUAAUGGAAAAAUUCAUUAAGAAUGACAUUAACUCCAAGUUUAUAUAAUGUAAAAUAAGAUGAGUAAACUUAAUUAAAUGACGACCUUCGAUCUGAUGCUCAAACGUAAACAGAUAGAAAAAAGUAUUUAUCAAAAUUUCUACUUCAUGAUAAUCUUGAUCAAAUAGUGGAGGAAAUAAAAUAAGGAUAUUUAGGUUAUAUAGACACAUUAGAUAUUCAUACUUAAACAUAAAUCCUUGUAGAAAAUAAAUCAACUUAAACUGCUCAAAAGAAAAGAUUAAGUGUUAAUGAAGAAAAAGAACCAAAAUAAUAAAUAAUUUAAAUAUAGCAAAUCAAAAAUAUUGAUUCAACUCUUUCUAAAUAAAUUGAGCUGUAAUAAACAAAGAUACAAUCUUUAAAUAAAAUUAUAAAUGAUUUAGAAGUAUAUUAAUAAUAUCAAUAUAGAUCUAAUUAAAAGAAUCUUUGUUUUUGAACGACAAAUAUAGUGAAGAUUUUGAGCUUAAAAGUAGAGAAUUAUAAAGACUAAAGGAAUAUAGUAAAAAUUAACUUUAAGAUUAAAUGGUAGAAUAUGAAAAUAAACUAGAAAAUCAAUCUAUUUAGCUGAACAAUUAAAUUUCAAAUUUAAAGUAAGAAUUUUAGACCCUUUAAAUUAUUUCAGAUUAAAAGAUUAAAAAAAAAGAUGAAACAAUCAAAUUUUAAGAAAAGGAAAUAGAGAAUUAUAAUAAUGUUAUUAAAGAUCUUAAUCUUUAAUUGACCGUGGGAAAUAAUAAAAUAUUUGAUAUAACUAAAUAACUAAACAAAUAAGAGGAAUAAUUUAAAAUUAAUUCAGAAUAAUUAGCUUAAUAAAUUAAUGAUUUACAAAUCUAAUUUAAUAAUCGUCCAAGCAGGUAAGAUGAUUUAGAUUUGAUCAAAAAACUAGAAAAAGAAAAUGAAGAUUUAAAAGAAUAAAUCUAAAGCAACUUUGCAAAAAUAGAAUAUGCUAAUGAAAUCGUGAAAUAUCUUUAGAUUGAAGUUGAGAAUUAUAAGAAAUAAUACAAUUUAUUUUCGAAUCACAAGCCAAAUAAUUUUCCAAAAAGAAAAAUCCUAUUUGAUUCAACCUUGGAGGAUGAGAAAUCCAUUGUUUUUGAUAGUAAAUAAGACUUCUUACCAACAGUCACUAAUCGAGAUUAGUUUAAUUAGACAGAUAAAAAUAAAUCUUAAAGGAAAAAAAGUUAUAGAUUAUCUGAUUUUGAAAUUAAGUAACACACAACAAAAUUAUUCUUUAAAAACUCUCAAAAAGCAAAAAAUAAUUUGAAUAAAACUUAAUUAGUUCAAAGACCAAUUUCACCACCUAUUAGUAGAAAUACAAAAUAUUUAUCAACUAUGUAAAAAAAAUUUAAUAACCCUUUUGAAAAUGAUUGCAUUUUGCAUAAUGCUGAGAUUUUAGUUGAAAAUAUUAAAGGAAAUACACCAAAAACUAAAUAAACUCAAAAAUCAAAUGAUUAAUUUUUUUUAAAAGGAUAAUUAAUUUAAGUUGAGUUAAAUUCUACUACAAAUUCUAAUAAAAAAUUUGAUUUAUAUCAAUAAAAAUCAUGA